CAUUUUCUUCUCUAGUGGGAGAUAUAACUCAGUGUUCAGUGAAGUGGUCUUUACCCGGUAGGUCAUCCCAAAAGGGAUGACGAGAAAGUUCAUAAAAUUAACUCCACGUUUUGGUUAGGAUUUUAAGUAAUUCGGAUUUAAGUUAGAUCGAUAUAAAAAUGGUGGGUCCCAACGUAGACGAUGUUAAGGUGUCACUGCAGAAGUUUGGCCUGUACGAUUAUGUGGUGUUUCUGCUGAUGCUGGUCAGUUGUAUGAUGAUCGGCAUUUAUUUCGGAUUCAUCAAAAAGAAAGUGAAAAAAGGCGGUGGUGAAGCCGACUAUCUGGUCGGCGGUCGUCAGAUGAGCGUGAUCCCCGUGUCGUUGUCACUGAUCGCCAGUUUCAUCUCUGGAAUCUCCCUGCUCGGUACACCCACCGAGAUCUACGUCUACGGCAUCCAGUACAUGUACAUCGUAGGAGGCGUCAUCUCGAUGGGAUUCAUCAUGAUGUACAUCUACCUUCCGGUGUUCCACAAUCUGCAGCUUACCUCCACUUAUCAGUACCUCCAAACCCGCUUCGACAAACGCAUGCGGCUGUUCGGUUCAAUCCUGUUUACUUUCGCAACGAUGGCCUGGCUGCCGAUCGUCAUUUACGUACCGGCGUUGGCUUUCAACCAAGUGACCGGAGUGAACGUCCAUCUGAUCACGCCACUGGUUUGUGUGAUCUGUAUCUUCUACACGUGCGUCGGUGGGUUGAAGGCCGUCGUUUGGACGGAUGUCGUGCAAACGGUGCUGAUGUUCGGUGCAAUGAUUUUGAUUAUCGUCAAAGGGACCUAUGACGUGGGUGGGUUUUCCACCGUCAUGGAUCGAGCGAUCACAAGUGGGCGGAUCGAGGGACCUGAUUUACGGUUUGAUUUAACGACGCGACAUAAUAUUUAUUCGUGCGUCAUUGGUGGUGUGAUUUACUGGUUGAAGACUAACGCCGUUAGUCAGAAUAUGAUCCAGCGGUACCUUUCGCUGCCGACGCUUCGGUCGGCAAAGCACGCCCUGUGGACGUUUAUUGGAGGAACGCUGUUCCUGUUGGGCCUGUGCUGCUACAGUGGACUGCUGAUCUACGCCAAGUAUCAUGAUUGUGAUCCACUGACGACGAAGUUGGCUGUUGCGAAGGAUCAACUGUUGCCGCUGCUUGUGAUGGAUACGUUGGGUGAUUAUCCCGGUUUACCGGGAUUGUUCGUUGCUGGAGUGUUUUCAGCGGCGCUCAGCUCACUGUCCACCGGGUUGAAUUCAAUGUCGGCCGUGGUGCUGGAGGACUUUUUCAAGCCUUUCACCAAUCGACCCCUCAGUGACAGAGCUACGGCAAUAAUUAUGCGAGCUGUUGUCGGUGUAUUUGGAACGAUUUGCGUAGUACUGGUUCUGGUUGUUGAGAAGCUGGGUGCUGUACUGCAACUUUCCAUGAGCUUGGGAAGCGUUAGCAAUGGUCCCUUACUGGGGAUCUUUACCCUUGGGGUGCUAAUUCCUUGGGCGAACGGAACGGGAGCCAUCGUGGGAGGAGCCAUUGGACUGGGUAUUAUGUCGUGGAUUUGCUUCAAAGCCCAGAUUGCGAUCGCUAGCGGAGAGAUGAAGUUUGAACCGAAACCAGUGAAUACGCAGGGCUGUAGUUAUACCUACAUUGCGUCGGAACCGAUGAGCAUGCUGGCGGCCAAUGCAACAACUACGGCUGUGCCGCCAAGUGAGCCGGCCGAAUUCGCCCUGUACCACAUCUCCUACCUGUGGUACACCGCAAUGGGAGCGUUGAUCACGAUCGUCAUCGCCGUGAUCGUAUCCUUCCUGGUGGGUGCGAACAAACCGGACGAAAUGAAUCCGAAACUGUUUUCGCCGUUCAUCGAACGCAUCCUGGACCGGAGAAGACGUCGCAAAGUGGCCCACAGUCAGCCCCGAAUAGAACUGCAGGAGGACAGCCGGUAUCACUAG